AUGACGAGCGAUCUGAGUGACCACGACGCAGCACCCUGUGUGAGUGCGCCCGCGCCGGGCGGGAGCUGCGAAGCGGCAAUGAGCACGCUGAACCCGGCCACGCUGAACCCGGCCACGCUGAACCCGGCCAUGCUGAACCCGGCCACGCUGAACCCGGCCACGCUGAACCCGGCCACGCUGAACCCGGCCACGCUGAACCCGGCCACGCUGAACCCGGCCACGCUGAACCCGGCCACUCUGAACCCGGCCACGCUGAACCCGACCACGCUGAACCCGGCCACGCUGAACCCGGCCACGCUGAACCCGGCCACGCUGAACCCGGCCACGCUGAACCCGGCCACGCUGAACCCGGCCACGCUGAACCCGGCCACGCUGAACCCGGCCACGCUGAACCCGGCCACGCUGAACCCGGCCACGCUGAACCCGGCCACGCUGAACCCGGCCACGCUGAACCCGGCCACGCUGAACCCGGCCACGCUGAACCCGGCCACGCUGAACCCGGCCACGCUGAACCCGGCCACGCUGAACCCGGCCACGCUGAACCCGGCCACGCUGAACCCGGCCACGCUGAACCCGGCCACGCUGAACCCGGCCACGCUGAACCCGGCCACGCUGAACCCGGCCACUCUGAACCCGGCCACGCUGAACCCGGCCACGCUGAACCCGGCCACGCUGAACCCGGCCACGCUGAACCCGGCCACGCUGAACCCGGCCACUCUGAACCCGGCCACGCUGAACCCGGCCACGCUGAACCCGGCCACGCUGAACCCGGCCACGCCGACCCAGGCGCCGCGGCCGCGUGGCCUGCAAGCGGAAACUCGGCGCAACGUCGGCGAGGCUCGGCUCGCGCGCGUGUUGGCGUGCGCGCUCUACGACAACGAGGCGGAGUCUCCCGACGAGCUGCACUUCCGCAAGGGCGACGUGCUGGAGGUGGUGGCGCGCGACGGCGCCGCCCUGCCCGGCUGGUGGCUCUGCUCGCUGCGCGGCCACCGGGGACUCGUGCCGGCCAACCGCCUCGCCCUGCUGGCCCCCGCCCGGUCCCGCGGCGGCUCGUCCCCGCCCGGCCCCGGCUCCCCCGCGUCCGCCGCCGUCGCGGCGCCCUCCGCGUCUUCGCCGCGCCCGUCGCCGUCGCGCUCGCCGUGCGGUUGUCUCGGCGCCGGCCCCGCGCCGGUCCGGGGCUCGGGCCUCGGGGCCCAGGGCGACCCCCCGACCCCGCUGCCGCACGGCGACGCCGCGUGGAACGACGGCGCCGGCGGCGGCUUCGCUCGCCUCGCCGGGAAGCACUCUCACUAUGAGGUGCCCCCGGGCGCCUUGCGAGCGCAGAGCCUCGCCUCGUCACAGAUGUACAACGUCCCCUCGUCAGCGCUGUACUGGACGCAUCACUGCCCUCCCGAGAGUGACUACGACGUGCCCAAGCCCGUGAGGACGACGGCGUGCGGCGACCGCGCCGAGUACGACGUCCCCAAGCCCGCCGCGGCCGUUGCGGCGAUGAUGGCGGCGGCACGGACCCACGGCGGCGCCGGCGGCUGCUGCCGGCGGCCGGACGCCGACUACGACGUCCCCGUGCCGAGCUGCCGGCCCUACGGGGGGGCGCGCGUGGCCGCGGCCGGGACGUGCGCCGCCGCCUCCGUGCCGUUCUCCGGCGGGCUCUACGACAGCCCCAGGGCCGGGCGACGGUGCCCCGGCGUGGGCGGCUUUGAGAACGGGCACGGCGCGGGCGGCCGUGGCGGCAGGGCGGCUGCGGGCUACAUGUACGACAUCCCGCCCCAGGUGAGCAGAGACGGCCCGGCACGCGACCGCUUCCCCUGCACGGAACUCUCUUGGCUCCCAGUCCCCACCGCCACCACCGCCACCACUGCCACCAGCGCGAUCAACGCCACCACCGGCGCCACGAUCGCCGCAAGCUCGGGACGCGACUCUGGCCUCGGCUCGUCUUUCCCAUCCCCGGCAUCCACCUCCUCAUCCUCGUCAUCCUCCUCGUCGUCGUCCUCGUCGUCGCCCCCGUAUCCCCACCCCGCCGAGGGUCCGCUGGGCGCGCUCUCGCGUCUCUGCGAGUCCGUGGAGAGCGCCGUGACACCGCUGGCAGGCGGCGAGAUGGCGGGUUCCCCCGACGCGGUGCGCAUGGCCGCCAGCUGCCUGCGGGAGUUCGUCGACUUCGCCCGCGGGGUCUGCGGCGCCGGCGGCGGCGGCGGCGGUGCCGCGGAGCUGCGGGUUCUGCUCCGGGGCCUGGACGACUCGUGCGUGUCGCUCGAGCGAGCCGGUCGCGUCAUGCUGGCGGCGAGGGCCUCGCACGGCCGCCCUCGCGCGGGCGACGCCGGCGGCGGCGGCGCCCGCGCCGGGGAGGAGCGGAUCGCGGAGACGGCGCGCGCCGUGCUGGACGCCGUGCACCGCACCCCGCGGCUCGCGGCGGCCGAGCCGUGGGCCCGGGUGGACGCGGGGCCCGCCUCGCCACGCCGCAGGGAGGUGCCGCCGCUCACGUGCGUGGCGCCGACCGUGGCGCCCGCCGUGGCGCCCGCCGUGGCGCCGAGCGUGGUGCCGAGCGCCGACGCGGACGCCGUCGGCGACUGCAACAGCGCGCAGCUGCAGGGCCAGGCCGACUUGGAGAAGCCGUGGCUGCUGCGGCGGCGGCAGGAGGAGGAGGAGGAGAAGGGCGGGUGGAAUCCAUACGAGGCCUCCACCUCUCCCUCCGUGACAGAGCAGGGUGCCGACAUCAAGAAGCAGCAGCAGCAGCAGCAGCGGCAGGAGGCGCCGGAGCCGGCCAGCGCAAAGUCGGAGCUGGCGCGCAUCCUGUCGAAGCGCGGCCGCUGCGAGCUCGUGUCGGGCAUGGCGAACGCGCUGGCGGCGCUGGCGGCGUGCGUGCGGCGCGGCCGCUGGGUGCCGCAGGAGCUCGUGAUGCACAGCAAGGCGGCCGUCAUCGCGGGCCACCGCCUCGCCUACGCCAGCGACGCCGUGGCCAGGGGCGGCACCGAGCGCCCGCUCGCCCCCUUCGCGUCGUUCGGCGCCCCGCUGUGCGACGCGCUGCGCGACCUCGUGGAGGCGACGCGCGACGCCGCCACGGCCGGCGCGGCGCCGUCGCCGCCCCGGCUCGCGGUGGCGCGGCUCGAGCGCAGCCUCGUGCGGCUCUCCGAGCAGGUGCUGCUGUUCGAGACCAUGAUGAGCGCGCUGGUGACGGCGUGAGGACGCACGGCUCGUGCCCCGGGGGGGUGGGGUGGGGGAAGGGUUAACGGGACGUUUGGUGUUUCUUGAAUGUCGGGGAAUUUCCACCACCUGCUCGGGGCAACGAAGAGAGUUGAGUUGCCCCCCCCCGCGCCCCGAUUGCUCGUCCGAGUAGUUUUGCAUGGAACGUCGCUUGCGUGGUAGAGCAGUAGCGCGCCUAGUGGUGGAAUUGUGCAUUCGCAUCACAGCUCGAGUCGACGAAGACUUAGCACCAGCACCAACACCCCUCUAGCAUUACCACAAGCACCACCACCACUCUCAGUAAGCGUCAUUCAUCAUGCCUCUGGUGUCAUUGAGGUGAGCCCCACUUACUAGAAAGUUAACAGUGGCUGUCUCGGAAUGCAAUGCUAUGCCAGCCGGCCCACGCGUGGAAUAUACCGGCACUGAAAUCGGGUCGUAUUUAUUCGUCGUUGUAGCGGGAUGUGAAUUCGAAUUCUGGUUAUGAGUGCCGGGUCACAUCAUCGGAAAUUAGCGGCUCGUUAGGGUCAGUUCAAGCGGACACUUUGAAAAGACUCCUUGAGGAGGAGGAGGGUCCUGCUUGGGGGUGUUUCUCCGCUCGUGGCGUGGACCCCCCGCCGGACGAGGGAGCGGCGUCGUCCACCACGCCGUAGCGCCCGUCGCACAGUUGAGAGCCAAUCGGUUAUCGAGUCUAACGUGUACAACAUUUGGUAAAACGUCGCAAUGAGAUUUGUUAGCGGAUGUAGGGCGCACACGAGUGCACAGAGUAAAUCACGCGACAGUCGAUCGAUUUUAUAAUUCGAAGGUGAGUCACACGCUCGCGCUACUCGCACUGAAUCUUGCGUGCGAGAAUAUGCAUUUUAUGCAAAUGGCACCAAAAUAAUAUGCAAGUGUCAACUCAAGACCAGCGGAGCGAGUGUGACAAGGUCGGGCCGGGCCACUGACGGAGCUCCCGGUGGAGACGUCCCACCGCUCGCUCGCUCGCUCAGCGCUAGCGCCAGCACUUCUUGCCGCAGCUGCCCACGCCAGUUCAGCCAACAAUCCACAGAAAUCUUCAGCCCGAACAAAGCACGUCACUGUUGUUCGCCUCUAUACCUAGGCUGUGCUUCGCAGGCCAUCUGUGGCAGGCUUUGAGCUUGUAGUGAAUAGCAAGGGACGAUGGGAAAGUGGCCCCCACGCGGUGUUUAGACUCACCGCGGAAGCGCUCUCUCUCGGUGGCCAUGGCGAGGCCGGGGCGCGGUGGGAAGCGCACCGCGGUGGUUUCUUUACAGAGAGUGGGGAAUUCAAAAGCACGUCCUGCGACUCGGCAGUUUUCUUAUUUAAAGAAACGAAUGUAAACCUGCUGCAUUGCUGUUGAUCUUGUUUUUGUUUUGUUUGGGACUCGUCUCUAAUUGGAUCCGGGCGAGCGACAGGUCGCCGCGUGGCAGAGACACCGAGCGAGCCGCUUGCAGCGGGACAGAGCAGGCGGCCCAGCGGGGGUGGUGCCAGGCCAAGGUCCUGAAGUCUCCCUCCCUGGGCCACCGCACGGCGUGACGAGUUGCUACGCCGCCCCUGCCACCUGCAGGGGAGCAACUCGCCGCUCUGUGCCGACGUUCAUAGCAGUGCCCCCAUCGGUGUCGCAAGACAACGGAACUCUCCGCAACUCGCGUAGCAGGGUAGCUGCGCCAGCCCGUGUCAAAUAAACAUCCCUCAGAAGGUGAUGGCUGCCAUAUUUUAGGUGGCACAGAUUUUUAUAUUCCCUGCUGCAGGAAAUGGCGAUGUCAUAAUACGCCGACAUUUUUAGGCCUCGGAGCAGGAAUAAGUUAAAAGAAGUGACAAUCUCAGGCGGCUGAAGCCCGGGUCUGAGUCCGGGAUUCUCGGUGCUGCCGGCUCGGUUCUCUCCGGAAACGGAUUGGCCACCGUGAGCCUUAGGGCCUCUUCAAGGGAGCCACGUGGCUCUGGCGUUUGACGCCCAAAUCUUGAGAUCCAAGCCUGCGCCUCUGAAUCCUGGGUUCAAACCCUGCUUCACCCCCCGUGCGUUUCAGCGGGUCUCCUGCGUAGGUUUCGUCCAGGCUGCAAUGAUGCCCGCAAUGGAAUUUAAUUGAUUGUUUUAAGUUAUAAAUUUUUUUAUUGUUUUAAGUUAUGUUUUUUCUAGAACGGUGUCAAUGUUCAAUAUUUGCGUUUUCAGAUCCGAUACAGUCAUGUGUUUUUUACAUAAUAUUGUAAGCGGCAUUAUUAAUAUUUUUUAUUGAAAUGUAAUGUGUGUUAUGUUUCCUGUCAAGGAUGGAACGUUAUUGUAAUCGUGCAGGCAUAUGUACUGUGUAUGUAUAUAUAAUAGAGUAUUUUUAUACUUAUUAAGGGUAACAUUGUUAGUUUAGUCUCCACUGUGCUUAGGAUGAGAUGUGCUCUGAUUGGGGUCAAAUCGCAUCUUACUCCGCUGUUAGGAUCCCACCAGGUGUGGAACCAUUCCGUAGAAGAAUACGCUCUUAAUCAUUAACAAUGAAAAAAGUGUCGUAAAGGAAAAAUUGCCAUCAUAUACAGUACAACGUAAAUAGCAAAUAGUGUCAUGUAAAUAAUUGUGCUGGAUUCAAAGUGGUCAUUUCCUAGGCCUGUUAAAACCACACCGGACGGCCCAGUUUAGCAUCCAGGCAAAUGGGCUUAUCGAGAUUGUUUCCAUGGUGGCCUUAGCGGGACACGCGACCUGUUAGCGGGCCACGUGGCUCACUCUCAGCUGGCCACAGGAGGCUACACUCACCCAAGCCACCCUCGUGACUGAUCUUGAUGUCUAGAUCUUGAUGUCUAGAUAUCUAGAUCUUGAUGUGUCAUGUCUGAAUCUUCAUGUAUAGAUGUCUGAAUCUUGAUGUCUAGAUAUCUAGAUCUUGAUGUCUAGAUGUCUAGAUCUUGAUGUGUCAUGUCUGAAUCUUUAUGUGUAGAUGUCUGAAUCUUCAUGUAUAGAUGUCUGAAUCUUGAUGUCUAGAUCUUGAUGUCUAGAUGUCUGGAUGUUGAUGUCUAGAUCUUGAUGUCUAGAUGUCUGAAUCUUGAUGUCUAGAUGUCUAGAUCUUGAUGUCUAGAUGUCUGGAUCUUGAUGUCUAGAUGUCUGGAUCUUGAUGUCUAGAUGUCUGAAUCUUGAUGUCUAGAUGUCUGAAUCUUGAUGUCUAGAUGUCUGAAUCUUGAUGUCUAGAUGUCUGAAUCUUGAUGUAUAGAUGUCUGGAUCUUGAUGUCUAGAUGUCUGGAUCUUGAUGUCUAGAUGUCUAGAUCUUGACGUAUAGAUGUCUGGAUUUUGAUGUCUAGAUGUCUAGAUCUUGACGUGUAGAUGUCUAGAUCUUGACAUGUAGAUGUGUGAAUUUUGACAUGUAGAUGUGUGAAUCUUGAUGUAUAGAUGUCUGGAUCUUGAUAUCUAGGUCUUGAUGUCUAGAUGUCUGGAUAUUGAUGUAUAGAUGUCUGGAUCUUGAUGUCUAGAUGUCUGGAUCUUGAUGUCUAGAUGUCUGGAUCUUGAUGUCUAGAUAUCUAGAUCUUGAUGUCUAGAUGAUGUCACGGGGUCAACGCAGAAAAUCCGAGUGCCACCUUUGGUGUCUCCCGAUGUGGACAAUCCCCCUCCCUCCUACUCCCUUGAGGUGCCCGAAAGAGGUAUUUUAUUGAUAUUCACUGGAACGUACGUUGAGUUUUAAUAUUAGUACAGGGCCCUAUUUAACAAGCAUGAACUCUCAGCUCCGCGUCCCCCCCCUUCCCCAACACCUCCUCGUCCCCUGGGAAGAUUAUACAUCCACCUCCGCACCUUCUCUAGAGCGAGGGCCCCCGUGGACCCCAGUGGACGGCAGUCGCAAUCGGAGCACGCUGAAGCGUCGAGUAUUUGCAAGGUGUGCCAUGUAACAAAGACGGCCCCUGCAUAGCCUGCACGGGUCGUCUGGGCCGAGUGGAGUUCGGGAGCACCUUAUGCACGCGGAGCAAAGACGCGCGCACGUGAGGUGCGGGCGAAUUGCAAACCCGGGCACAUGUCUGUGGUGUGCGUGGGGCGGGGGGGAAGACGGUGGCAGUCUUCGCUGCCACCCGAGUGGAGGUUGCCAAGGGGUGCGUAUCGGUCGCUUCUACCACGAGCAUCUCGCCAACAUCGGAGGAUCUCAACCUCGUGCAGAGCGCGCGAUGGUGACGGUGGCACAUGCACGCGCGCCCCAGGGGACGAGUAUCGUGGACCGGACCAACAUGCAAACACUUAGUGCGCAUGCACACACAAAUGAUGAUGCUUGUAAAAUGAUGUUUUACAAUUGUGGAAAAAUAAAAAAAUAAAUGUCAAA